AUGGCGGAGAAAUUAAAAAACUACAAAAAUUUGACACAUGAGCAGAAGGUUAAAGCAGAGCAAGAAUUCAUGUCGAAGGUUAAGAAAACAUUAAAGGUAGAUAAUGACAAACUUACUGCCUCAAAAGCACGAAGGAAUAGCGCAAGGGACGAACGCAAGAGCGCAGCUAAUAUUGGAUAUGUCGGUAUAGGAAUGUUGGCGCUUGUUUUCGGUACAGUUUUUAUCAUGGACCUCGGCGCACUAAAGCGAGACGCUCUGAUACUAAUGGCAAACUUGAAAGAUGGCUUUGGACGUUUGCACGACUGCACUGUGAAACGCUUCCGCAAGAAAAGGCGUCAACCUUUUGGUUUAACGUAUCAAUCGACACAAAUGCCAUAUUACGACUUUCCAGCUUGUGAUGGUGGAGGAAGACUCCAGGUUGCGUUUCCUCCGAGCAUUAUUAAAGACAUUGGCGAGCACCUGGCUAGAACCAACGACCUGAAUGGCUUCUUGUACAUUCAAAGCGAGUGCCGUGGACACUACACAGUGAUAAGUACUCAAUGGCGUGAACACAAUUCAGUGACUAGUCCUCACAGUGCCAUAGACGAUUCAGUGACAAUACCUCACAGUGCCGUCAACAUAACCAUUCGGGCCAGGACAGCAGUUGAUGGCAAAGGUCAGAACUCUAUACAGACUGACAUAUCUUGUACAGCGAUUAGUGAAGAAAAGGCACAGUUGAUUGCAGCUGUGUUGUUUGGCGUGGUCCUUCAUAAAGCUCUUGGUGUCAAUACAACGUAUGUGGUUGCACUACUUGGCCAGGACUUGCAGAAUGGAUCAUCGAGUGCUAAAAUAGAGUAUCAACUCGUUAUUGUCAAUGAAGAAUCAACAGAUAUUCGUGUUGAAAUAAGAGAUAUUUCUGGUCUUAUAGAAGAGCUGGAUGUAAACAUCAGUUCCACAGCGAUUUAUACCGUGGAUCAAAAGAUGGGCAUGAAUGGGUCGGAGUUUAGCAACAAAUCCUUACUAGUCCACUCUGAAAACGGGAAGUUUGUAUUACAAGUUUUUACAAAAAGAAAUGACUACGUCGAAGGCCUUUUGGCUAUUCCGGUACAACGUAUGACCGGUCCAAACCAAAACGCCAGUACACCUAUCUACGAUCACGUAGUUGCUACUUUCUGCGCGGUUGGAGGCUACUGUCAGAUUGCCAUAGCUGCGGCAGAAAACAACACCGAAGUGUUCAUUGACAUUCCGACCAACGUUGAAGAAAUAGCCUUUUGCAAUCAAUCCUCAUAUUACCGCUCGAAAUUCGACAAAAGAAUUACGAUGAACCAAUUCGAUGCCCUUCAGCUCGAAACAACAUUCGAUCUAACAGGAACCGUCAUCUUCAGUUAUAAGCCUAUUGCUGUUUUUGUUGGCUCAAGAAAUGUUACAAAUGGAAACAUAACUGCGCACACAAUGGAACAGCUAGUCCCUACAUCACACUGGGGAAAGGAAUUCGUUGUUCAAAAUUUAGGAUCUAAUGGCUAUGGCGACAUUUUGAAGAUAGUGAGCCACUUCUCAAGCACAACCGUGACAAUGUCGGGUUUUCCGGCUUUCAAUAUAACAGAGCGAUACCACACUGUGACACGUCGGCUGGACAAAGGGAUGAGAAGUCAUAUACAGGCGUCACAUCCAAUACAGGUGAUUCAGAUUACUGGGCUAACUUACGCCACAGAUGGUGAGACAUCCGCUCUCAGUAUGACCGUAGUACCAUCCAUACAGAACGCCUUGCAAAAAUUUACCGUAGCUUGUCAAGAGGACACACCUGCACAGUUUCAUAUUGUUACAGAAAAAGAUUCAUGUCUUGAAACCUCCGCUGCGGGUGAAAAGUACCCGAAGAACUCGAAAAAUUACGGAUGUGAGAAGCCGGUAUACGAGUCCAGAAUGAAAUAUACAAAGUUUAUGAUAGGUACUAUAAACGUUAAUAUCAAGGAACAUGUAGUCGAUGUCACAAACGAUAAAUCUGACGUCAGUGGAAUUCUAAAAUGUGGCCAAACUGCGACGAUGCCAAUCGGUGUCUUUUACAACAAAGACGUUACUGGUACAAUCCCUGCAAGUAUUCCUGAGUACCAAGGAGGCACCUGUUAUGAAGGAGGGAAAGCAAGGACACAAUUCUUUCCGAAAAGCACAACAGCUGGUCCCUACAUUCUAGAUUUGACAGAUUACGCGGAACACGUGCUUAAGCUGAGAGUUCAAGUCUGCGGAUCUGCAGAUCUACGGUUCAUGAAUUCUGAUAACGUCAUUGAUGUCAUGCUAAGCUACGAAGGAAUAAGGAUCGCCUCUUGCUCACCUGACUGCGAAUAUCAAAAUACAACGAACUUUACAAACGACAGUUUUAAUGCAGAGGCGGGAAAAGACUGCACUUCUGAUAUGUCUUUCUUCUGGUUUUGGCAUACAGGAAGUACCUUCUGCCUUGGGACCGGUUACAAACAUCAGAAAGACAAGUGUGAAAAAGAAGCAGACAACACAGACAACACAAAUAACAUAGUUAGGAUAAAUAUUGAAAACCCAUUCGACAAAGUUUCAAUGAUAGGUACAUUUGCGAAUGCAUCUUUUAACUGGGAUCUUAUACACGUUGAUGGCUGUAAAGAAUAUGAUUCCGGAUGGCGUUGUGCAGACAAAUUCGUGAAUUGUUCCCAGUAUGACGAAGGAUUUUGUACAGAUCAAAAGAACAGCGGGUUCGCAAGUUUCUAUUGUGCAAAGUUUUGCGGAAAAUGUUUCCCGGAUAGCUAUGGCAAGAAAUUUAUUUUGAGGAUUCCCGAUAAACUAUUUGGAUCCAGUUUUGCAGCUUGUAGAAUAGUUGUUUCACCACUCAAUAAGCUGACAAAUGUAGCAGUGUAUUCAGACAGUUAUAUGAAAACUGGAAAUGUUCGUCAUGGGACACGUUAUUACAAAACCGGGGAGAGAAGUUUUGACUGCACAGAUUCAGACACAAAGUAUGUUGCUACUUAUACAAUUUUGUCGGACGAUGAUGUUGCAGUAAUUGUUCUAAUACAAUUAGACGGGAAAAUACAAAGUUGUAGGGGUUAUCCGGUAGAUACAUAUGGUACAGAGUUUAUGGUAGUGGAAUAUGGUAAGAAGGAGUCUAAACAAUGUACUUUUUUGUCCGAGCAUGACGAUGUAAGUUAUGUAGCGUACUACUCAAUGAAUAGCGUGCAUGGUGAGGUAGAUUCUGCAAAUGUAAUUUUGGGGCCUCUCAGUCGUCUGCAAGCGCAAAACAAAAAUGACAUGUCUGGAACUGAAUUUGUAUUCAACAAGCCGUCAGCUGUGUUCUGUGGCGAUCUGUUCCCAAAAGCAGUAGGAAAUCAGUACAAUCAACUUUUGCCGACAAAUACCUGGUCAACCGAGUAUGUGGUACCUGCUUUUGAUGUAGAAGCUGUAAACCGACUAUUUGAUGGGAAGUUGUUCAUCGUCUCUAAUGCUGAUAACACCAUUGUAAAUAUAUCCGGUGGUUUUGACGCUAUCCAUGCUAUCUAUAACAGAGGAGACAAGAUCGAACAGGAAAUUGACGUGGGUGCAGCUUACAAGAUCAAAUCGUCUGAGAACAUCGGAGUUGGGUUAUACCUCUACGAUCCAGCAGACCCGACAAAGGCGUCCUUCAACAUGUUAGUUCCGGCACGAAGUUUUCACGAUACUGUCUUAACAUUCGUCCCGAACAACGUAUUGAAAUGUAUAGAUUUUGAUGUUACAGAAAUAAAAACAUACUUUGUUAAUAGAAACCUCAACAGCACAAUAGUGUCAAAAGAAGCAGACGACACAGAUCCAUUUUAUCGUCACGUGAGCAUUGAUAGUAGCGUAUAUGAAAUGACAGUUGUACAGUCUGGCACAGAAAAAUGGUUUGUGGUUCCAGGAAAUGUUAAAAGCGCUGUCAUUCAAAAUCCGAAGGAAAAUCUCUGUCACAUAUCGGCUGCGAGUCAGAAUGAUGGGAAAGAUAACGACUGUGAUGGUCUAAUAGAUGAGGACGGUUACUAUGGGGAUAAAUAUGGUGUUUACAAACAAGAUCAUGACCUAGAUGGUGGCUUUGGUGAGGAUUAUGGAGGUGACCUAGUCUCUAACCUGGCUGUCGUACAGACACCGAAGGAACCGGAGUGUAUUGAAAUAAAAAAGGUCGAAGGCCAGUGUUGGAAGGCUUGCAGAUGUUCGUGCUCCAUGGCGGAGAAAUUAAAAAACUACAAAAAUUUGACACAUGAGCAGAAGGUUAAAGCAGAGCAAGAAUUCAUGUCGAAGGUUAAGAAAACAUUAAAGGUAGACAAUGACAAACUUACUGCCGCAAAAGCACGAAGGAACAGCGCAAGGGACGAACGCAAGAGCGCAGCUAAUAUUGGAUAUGUCGGUAUAGGAAUGUUUGCGCUCGUCUUCGGUGCAGUUUUUAUUAUGGACCUUGGCGCACUAAAGCGAGACGCUCUGAUACUAAUGGCAAACUUGAAAGAUGGCUUUGGACGUUUGCACGACUGCACUGUGAAACGUUUCCGCAAGAAAAAGCGUCAACCUAUAAAUAAUACAAAUGUGGAAUAGUUGUCACAUUUGCAUGUAGGACCAUAUAGAAGGUCUAAUAGAAGGUUUAAUUCAAGGUCUAUUGAAAUGAUACUGUAAUUCAAACACCGGUCUUUAUCGAUAUUAUAAUAUUAUUCAUAAAUUCACAUUAAUGACUUUUGUAAGAAUUAGGAAUACGAUGUGCGUUUAAAUUAACAUUUAUGGAAUAGAAAUUGUAUUAAACAUUACAUGUAUAUCAAGUACUUACAAAUGGUUGUGCAACCAAUGAUUUUACUUUAAAGCAAAGGUGUUUUCUGAGUGACAGAAAUGAACUUCAAGAGCAAUAUAUGAGGAGUUAUUAUGUAUUUAAACAGAUAAACGAUCCCAUAAAGACCUAUAUUUGCAACACCUAACACAGCAUGCAGAGUGCUCCCAUUUGCACCUAAGCUGACAUUCACUCUAAAUUUAUAAACUGGUGCCAUCACAGGAAGUAUAUAAUUUUGACACACUCAGAAAUAUGAAUAGAUCUAUAGAUGUUUUUCUUCACUAUUUAUUAAAAGUCUACAAAGCAACAAAACGUGUAUAUUUACUACGGGGACGUCUGCACAUUUCAACACAUAUGUAUAUAUUUAGAUAUUAGCUGUACCUAAUUCUCUAAAAUGUUGUUAUAUUACCUGGAUAUCUAUGUCAGUUAUAUGAUAACAUGUGAACAGUUUUCAUGCGUAACAAAUUAGAUCUAAAUACAUCUUACUAUUCACCUGCUAUAUCUAUCUUCGAUUAGUGUAUCACACUGGCCUGUAUUUUCAGUAGGAAAGAAUUUUUUACACACCCUUUCUGAUUUAAUUAAAGCACACGUGACAGGUUUUUUUCAAACAUUUAAUUGCUUGUUACUGUAAGUGUUGCUGUUGCUGUUGUUGUUGUUGUUAGUUAGUUAGUAAAUUUCAUAUCCGAAAAAAAAAAAAGAACAAUACACAACAUUUAUGUAAACACAAAAUAAACAUGUUUGUGUACACGUGUUAAAAUCUAUGAAUGCUUGAUAACUGUAUUAUUUAACACAGCAUGAAUGUGUGUUAUUACUAUAGAUACUGACAGUUUUUUUUUCAAAUGGCUGUUAAUUUUGAAUGCAGCUUUAUGUAUCAACUUUAGAUUAUAUAUGUUUAAGAUUAUAUAUGAAGCCAUAUUAAAUUCAUUUUUAUGUUCAAAUCAAUAUCUAUUGAUACAAUAUAUCUUUAAAUGAUGUAAAAAUGUGUUUACGAAAUCAGUGGCCAUUUUCUUGAAAGUUUAAGCGUUUUGGUCAUAUCAACAGCGACAAAAUUUACCUGUUUUUAGAUGCGACUAAAACACAUUCUAUUUGAAAUAAACACUAAAUACUCCGAAAGAUGAAAAACGAAGAUUUUAGAAAUUCUGUAUGUUGUAGUUUUAUCCUGAAUCUGCUACUAGAAUAUAUAUGUACAAAAUAAAGAUACUGCUACGUAAUCUGUCUUAGGCCUAGCAAAAAUUGUUGGUUUCUGGUAACAUAAUAAAGAUAUGGCAGUUAGGUCGGUAAGUUUUUUUUAUUAAGUGCGACUUUUCGGAAAUUAUUUUUGUGUCAAAGAAUGAAUACAAAAAUGGGGUUAUGCCUUUAGAGCAUCAGUCAGUUGUUUUCUAACAUCACUGUGACCACACGUUUAAAGUUAAAGUUGAUAAAAAAAAAUCAAAGGACAUAAAAGCAAUUAAGGUCGGACCAAAAAAAAAUAGGGUGGGUCGGGAUACCGGCAACAAACAAUUUCAGGCCUUAUUUUUAGAAUAUUAAUAUUGAUAUUUCGUUUUUGCUGUUGUUGCUGUUAUUAAAUAAACAUAUAUAUUAACGACUGUGAUUGGCAAGGUAUUUUUUUGAAACAGUAUACCACAGAUCUUCAGACAAUAAUAUACUAAAUUGGCGGUACCAACUUCAAUUAUUUAUAACGAGUAAAUAGAUGUCCUGAGGGAAAUAUGAUACAAUUAAAUGUACAACCAUUUCUGUGUAUGAACAAAAAAAUAGUCCGCAAUUAUUUUACAGAUCUCGUCCGUAUCUGUCUAUGAUGUAAACUGAGGCGUUAGUUAAAUUUAAAGAAUGCUCUUCAUAAUUAAUUCUUCCAGCAUAACAAAAAUACAUUUUAAGACUAGAUAUAGAUUUGUAUGUAACUUGUAUUUAUUUUUAAAUUAAUUCGCAUUUACAAUGUACUUUUCUUUGAUACUAUUCUUGUUGUU